AUGAUGUGGGUCACCAUCCAGGCCAAAGGUGCUGCUGAAGCCGACAAGAUCGUCGAGCUGCUCAAAAAGGUCGCCGCACGAGCCAACUCGGACGACGAGCCCGACUGCUACGCAUACCAGCCCGGUCGCAGCCGCGACGACCCCAACACCAUCAUCGUGUUUGAGGCGUACGACAACAAGGGUAGCGAUGUUGCCACCACCAAGCACCGCGCUGGUGAAGACUUCCAGGCUCUCAUGGGCCAGGCCAAGGAGCUCACCAGCAGCAUCGACAUGAAGUUCUUCGACUAUGUCUAA